CCUCCGUCCAAUGCACACGCCCAGUUCUGAUCUCUAGCCAAUCAAAGACAAAGUAGGCGGGUGACGCACGCGGCAGCGGAGGAUUCAAACAAAAAGAUGGCAGCUGGGAAAGACGGCGACGGAAAGAAACAAAAUAAAAGAGGGACGCUGUGCAACGUGGUCGUCAGCCAGGAGAUGUGCCCUCCAGGCCACACUCCCAUCAUCUUCAACCCGGAUUUCUUCGUGGAGAAGCUCCGCCACAUUCACCCGGAGAGCUUCACCGAGCUGGUGCUGAGCAACAUCACAAGGCUCAUCGACCUGCCCGGCACAGAGUUUGCGCAGCUCCUGGGAGACGUGGACCCCAAGCUGCCCAGCGCCGGCGGCUUCUUCCGCUCCUUCAACUUCCUGAAGCGCAAAGAGAAGGGAGUUGUCUUCGGCGCACCGUUGACUGAGGAAGGAAUCGCCCAGAUCUGCCAGCUCAUCGAGUACCUGAGCAGAAAUUUGCAUGUAGAGGGACUGUUCAGGGUCCCAGGCAAUAGCAUCCGACAGCAGGCCCUGCGGGAGAUGCUGGACAGUGGGGUGGACAUCGACCUGGAGACGGGUGACUACCACCCCAACGACGUGGCCAGCCUGCUGAAGAGUUUCCUGGGGGAGCUGCCUGAGCCCCUGCUCACGCACCGGCACUAUCACGCCCACCUGAAGAUAGCAGACCUGAUGCUGUUUGACGAGCACGGCAACAAGACGACGCUCCCCGACAAGGAGCGGCGCAUCGAGGCCCUGCAGCUGCUGCUCCUUCUGCUGCCCCCCGCCAACCGCAGCCUACUCAAGCUGCUGCUCGACCUGCUCUACCAGACGGCCCGGCGGCAGGACACCAACAAGAUGUCCGCCUUCAACCUGGCGCUCAUGUUCGCGCCUCAUGUCAUAUGGCCCAAGAAUAUGACUGCGACCGACCUGCAAGGAAACAUCAAAAAGCUGAACGAGGGCAUGGCGUUCCUCAUCAAGCACUCGCAGAAGCUCUUCCGAGCUCCUGCCUACAUCAGGGAGCACGCAAGAAGGCAGCUUGUGGCAUCGAAGAUCCCGCAGUCCAAGGAUGACCUGGACCUCCUGCCUGCCUCCACGAGCGCGACACCUUCCAAGCGGCCCUGCCAGGACCCCGAGGCCAACCCACACACCGAGGAGGCACUCAGGGACCUGUUCCGCCACGUCAACAACUUGCCCGAGUCCGCCAAGAAGAAGAAGUACAUCCGCCAGCUUGCGAAGGGGGUGACACCAGGGACCCCAGGAUACGACUGCCCAACCCCUCCCACAGGAAAGAAGCACCCCCGCUCCCGUUCCUUCGGGGGGCUGAUCAAGAAAAGAGUCCUGGGGAGCCAGGCAGCGGCAGAAAGGCGAGGCCAGGGGACGCCCCCAUCUGCAGGCGUCCCCCCCGAGGGACACGGGAAGGAGAACCCCAUCCAGAACGCUACACAGAGGAGCCGUGAUUCGGCAGUAGUGACAAACCCUGCCGUUUGUCCCAAGGUGGCAGUCUGCUGGGACCAGGUACCGGCGCACUAAACAGAGGAGUCUUCCAUCCCUAGCACGUGGUUUACACCCACACAGGAGUCCUCGGUCUAGGGGCAGGGAUCAUUAUACACUGGAUCUCCGGUGACAUUUUUUAUUUUAUUUUAUUUUUUUUAACAUGUUUUUUAAUGUGAUUUGUAAGCGCUGCGAUAGAAAACGCUGUGAGUGACCACUUGAUGAGGAAGCUGCUUCCUGUCGGCUGGUGUGCCCGUGUCCUUGUGCGGCCCGUCGGACACGGAGAGACCGCAUGUGGGACGCCCGUCUGCUCCUGGGCCGUCCAGUAACGUGAGAGCUUCACAUCGAUCAGUUAUGGUUUAGGAGCACAGCUCCGUUGUGACCGGCCCAGGCGGUCAGACACCCAAAGCGGGCCUGCACGUGACGUCCAUGCAUUAAAUGCAGACCGAAGCAAAUAUGCUUAGGCAGAUAAAUGGGUGCUAAGCUUGGGGGGGUAGGGGGCUUUCACAAAGAGCCAUAUCAAUGUUAGCAUUGCACAAUGACUGGUAUAUUCCAAUCCCUCCUGAGGGACGGAACUAUUUUUUUAUGAAUUAAUUUUUAUGAAUUUCUUUCUUUUACUGAAUACAUGCAUCUGUAGUUAUCUGUUAAUCCCAAGCAUAUCCCAGCCCUAACAAUAUGUGAUGAUAUUUAGCUGAGAGACCUAGUUCCACCAUCAUGUGGAUAUUUAUUCACUCCUAUACCACUGUUUUUAAAUGUUAGUGACAUAAUAGCCUCCAUAUAUGUAGACUCAACUGGAUCUCAAGUUAAUGGACAUGCUUUCUCGUUACUAGGUUUACUUUUAUCCUGGGAUGAGCCUGAAUUCCUCUGGGAUAUUCCUUAAAUUGAUAUUAUGGGAUGUUAUUUUUUAAAUAGAUAUUCUGUCUACUCCUUUGCCGUCUGCUGUCUGAAAAUGUUUCUAUGUUUAACCCUAUCAGUCUGGCCUCUAACCCUCUGGGAGUUUUUCUUUUUACAAUUUUAUUUCCAUAAGCUGUUUUUAAUUGUUCAAGUAAUUGUGUGUGCUGUGACGUACGGGCUGUCUGAUGCUCUCAAGGUCAAAAUAGUGGUUCCAUUGGCUGCAAAGCUGACUAUGUUGCCAGGGACGACCACAUGUGUGAAAUGAAUAGUGAGACUUCCUGCACAAGGACAUCGUCUUUGUUUACUACUUUUUUUUUGUACCAGUGAGUCUCAAGGUUGUGUUUCUCAAAAUGUCUAUAGAAAACAAAAGUAUCUUUUUUUAAUGUGUGUGAUGGGUUAGGUGAGGUUGUGGAUGUUUCGGGAGGGGAAAGACCAGCUGUUUUGGUGGCGGGAGAGUUGUUGGGAAGGUCAGUCUCUGAGUAUGCAGAAGGGUUUUUUUUAAUGGCCUUGGUGACUGAUGAAAUGGAGGUUUUGUUCUGUAAGUGACGUAUGGUUUCUCUGAAUCGAUGGUGAGGCAUGUCAGAUGGGUGCCUUUUACAGGGCCGUGCUGGUGAAGUGCUAAUCUGCCUGUAUCUUAUACAGUCAGUGGGAGUAUUUUAAUGUACAUUUUCAAUUCAGAAUCUCUGUGCUGCAAGUCCGUUUCCUUUUGUUUAGUGGGUAUUGUUUUAACUGAUAAAAAUAAUACUGUUAGAACUAUUCUGUUUGUUUCUGUUUGACUGGAAGAAUUGUGUGUUACAUAUGGUUUGAAAAUAUGCAUAUGUUUGAAAAGCGUGCUUAGUAUAAUUAAUUAUUAAAACCAGCAGAGUGUAAACAAUGGUCAAGUUUCCAAAUCUGCAUAAACCAGGAUUUUUAAAAGUGGUUUAUCUCCAAGGAUGGAUUGUGAACGUUAUAAACACUGGUUGUAGCGUAAUUUUUACAUGGUUACCUAUUAGCUCUGGGGGAAUCUUCACGCAGGAGCCGUCAAACCUUGUUUCAUGACAGUAAUACAUAUGGAGUUCUUUUCUCCAUGGUACUUUCUCAUUUAAUUGUUUCCCGUAUUCAAGAAAAGUCUGAUUACUCCUGGGUGUUAAAGAGGCACCUUGCUGUAAAUAUCACAGAACAGUCUGUGAGGCGAUUGGAGCCUUUCUCACUUUUAAUGAUCGCAUGUGCUGUUCUCCAGACGGAGAUCCACCCUUUUAAGCAGGAAGUGUUUGUGCUUCCCUGUUACGAAACGUCAUAAGCUGUUACCUUAAAACCCCUGUGGAUUUUAUACACUCCUGAUGCUGUCCUGUGAGCCUUUCUUCCUUUUUUUGACUGGAUGUACAGUGAAUAAAAAUUUAUGGUAGCUUCUAAAUGUUUUUCCCUGUUUUAUUUAUUGCUCACCUCUGUUUUGUUGAUGGAUGUGUUUGUGUUGGAGUUUCCUGUCGAUAAUCUUUAACCUCAGAUCUUUUCUUUCGUCAGCCUUAUGUCCAAACCGCCGUGUGCUUUAUUUUUAAUUGAAAGGUUUCCAUAGAAAGACAGAGAGACUGGUAAAAAGUUUGGUUCUGUUGUUGUAAUCAUAUAAGGAAUGAACAGGGCAAAACCACUCGUGUGAGUUGCCAGGUACUUGGAAUUAAUUCUGUUUCUGUGUUUAUUUGCUGUAAAAACAUUGACGUCCUAUACGCCGUCUGCAUGUGGUUUCUCUUAUUUGUAUGAUAUAAUUUACACUGAAGCAUUGUAUUAAACUUUGGAUUAAACAUU